ACUUCACUGCUCUUCAAGUACUACCAAAUCCGGCAGAGAGAGAAUUAAGCUUUUAUCAUCCUUUUAUCUGUUUCAAAUGGCUCCAUCUCCAACUGGAAGAACAAGAACAAGGCCAACCAGAAAGACAGGAAGAAAGCAUUUCAAGAAGCGGCAGCUUGUACAGUACUCCAAGAUCAAUCAAGAAGAAGCAUCAACAAGUUUGCCUUCAAACUCUUCCACCCCAAGCUGCAAUGAUUUUUCAAAGAUCGGCGACAUAGAUCAUUUUGAUCAGGGCGUUCAUCAUGAAGUCCCCUCAAGCGGCUGCUCCACUCCAAAAGCUCAGAGAUUCAGAAUACCAGAGAUGUCAACAUGCCCACCAGCACCCAAGAAGCAAAGAGUAGUUUCGAAUUGCUCCUUGCAAAGAUCCCCGAUUCCAUUCUUUGCUCCUCCAGACUUAGAGCUCUUCUUUUUCUUUGCACUCCAAGAUAUUUCGGUUUGAUCGAUGUGUGUUUAUAGAUAUAUAUAAAAACAAAAAGAUCAUUUCACUAAUUUAAAGAAAUGGUCUUUAUGAUC